AUGUCGGCCUUUGGCAGUUCUGUCAUCAAUAAAUCGGGCAAGAAGCUUGCGCCGAAGGCCCCACAACGACGACGUCCUGGUGCAGGGACUGCAUCCCAAACUGCAUCUCAGACCGCAUCACAGGCAGCGUCCCCCGCCGCUGCAACAUCCACGACUGAAGAUCAGGCGCCGCCACGUGCAGAGGUUACUACCGCUACUGCGCCCUCAACGCAGGUGGUUAGCCUAGAUGUGCCGCAGAAUUUCUCUCAGGCUUCAGCUCCACCUCCGGAAAACCCCGCUCCUGCCGCUGCGGUAGCACCGAAGGCUGCCACUGGUAAUGCACCCGACCAAGCAGCAUCAGUAAGUGAUGAAGUACUCGCUGCAAAGCCAAGCCAAAGUGGACCGUUGCCAGCAGUUAAAGUCACUAAACCAACAAAUGCCGAUCAGUCAUCCGUAAGGACGACAAGCGGUGUAGCUUCCGGAAUACCUGGACCUUGGUCAUCAACUGGAAAAUCCCCGGCAGCCGGGGAAAGCCAUGCUGGUGACAGUGUGGAGGGUUUAUCCGAGCCACCAAACGUGCCCGCUUCAAACACGCGAGAGGAGACGUCAAUAUCACAUGAGCCUGAACAAGCUACGGCUGGACUGGAUGUCAGGCAUGCCAGUCGAGGUGACACGACCGGGCAAGGCGGUUCUGGAAGACAACAGGAUGUCCCAUCAAGGAGCUCACCGUCCAUCACCAAGCCUACAACGCACGCUAGAGACGAGAACGAGGACCAGAUAGCCGAAAGGUCGCCCAAACGGCGACGUAUCGAGCCGGCGAGCCAGUCACAACAAACUUCACCUCCGAGUUCGGAGCAACCUGCAGUCUCCGCUACUGCGACUGAAGAGCCCUCCACUGGGACUGAGCAGACUACACCAGCGCCACGAACGGAAGGAACACCGCCAUCAACAGAGGAAACAACGGAUGGCAGCAACAUUCAGAAAAAGACUAAAGCAUUGGCUGCGUUGGCGGGCAAGAAGAAGGUUACACUGACCAGGACAGUAAAGAGUAUUAGAGGAUCAACUCGCCAAGCCGCGGCAGCAGCUUCCACGGCGCAGUUUGGAGAGAGUUCGGUGACUGUGCCACAGGAAGACGAGCAAAACGAACCAUCACAAACGGAGGUUGGGACUGCCGCAGCGAAACCAACGAGCAAGUCACGUGCGCCGGGAGGCACCAAGAGAGCGACCGCAAAGGGGAAGACGGCUCCGACGCAACAAUCGGGCGCCAGUGGCGACUCUCAAGAUAAUACAGGGGAAGCUUCGAAUCCGUCUGACGAAGCGCCCACCACGACUACAGAAGAAACUGGUACAAGAGGCGACGCUGAAGCCGGAGCUCAAUCCGCAGCCGCGAAAAAAGUACGCAAGCCGAGAAAAGACAGAGGAAUUCCUAGGAAAAGAGGAGCUGCGACUGCUAAUAAUGAGGCUCAGCCAGCGGAAGGCGAAGCCCAAACUGAAGGUGGUGCGGAAGUUCGAGAUGGUGCGACUGCUCGUAUAAAGACGUCUAAGAAACCGAGAAAGAAGCCUACAGCUGCGAAUGCAAGUGAGGAGACGCCUGGGCCGACCACAACCACCGACCAUGUCGAGCAAGCUGGGGACCAGGAUACUGCACCGACGCGCAAGCCUAAGUCAAAACCAAAAUCAAAACCAAAACCGAAGAACCCGAGGAAAAGGAUGAGAGCGACCACAGAACCGAAUGCCGAAACUGCAGUAGACGGAGAAGCUGGUCAGACAUCCGCAGGAGCGAACAGAGACGAACAAUCAGCCCCUCCCAAAAAGCGCGGAGGUCGCAAGCGCGCAGAAACUCCCGAAGAUGCUGAAGAAACAACCAUUGACCCGACGCAAACCACCAUGUUCGACAUAGGCACAGAGCGCCGCCAAGGCCAGCUCUCCCAGCGCGAGAAAGCUAUGCGCGAAAUCAACUGGGACGAAGUCAAGCGCAAGCGACAAGAGGAGAUGGACCGCGACGACGCCCGGCGUUCCAAUCAGGCCGAUGUAGAAAAUGCCCUCAAAGAAGCGGAGCGCGCGCAAGAAGUCCGAAAGGCGCAGAGCGGAGGCAUCAAGAUGAAGCUCGUGAAUGGGAGGAUGGUUGUCGAUAACAGCUCUACGCACAUUGAUCGGCGGGCGGAAGCGAUGGAGGAAGACGAGGAUCUGGUGGAAGUCGAGGAGGACGACCUCACUGUGCGCAUGACGACGGCGACGUAUCUUGGUGAAGGCCGCAAGGACCCGGCGGAGCGGAGGAUGGUGAAUCGAAAGAAUAAGAACUGGAGCGAGGCGGAGACGGAGGCGUUCUACGACGCGCUCAAGAUGUUCGGCAUAGACUUCUUCGUCAUCUCGAAGCUGUUUCCAGGCAAGACAAGGCGACACAUCAAGCUCAAGUUCGUGCGCGAGGAGCGAGCCGACCCAGCUCGCGUCAACGCGGCACUGGUGGGUGAGAGGGUUCCGAUAGACUUCGAUUACUUUGUAGCGAACUACCGUGAGGAUCAGCGGCCUGAGAAAUGGGUCGAUCCGAAGGAGCUAAAAGCUGAGCUUGAGGAGAUGGACAAACAGGACGAGGAGGAGUUCCAGCGGCAGAGGAUGGAGCUGGCGGAGCAAGCGAAGAACCGCAAGGCUUUUGAGGCGGGCGGAGGUGAGGAGGAGGGGGACAGGCCGAAGGGUAAGGGAAAGAAGAAGGCGGAUAAGAUGAAGGCGGCGGCUCCUGGCCGCGAAGAGGAUGUGGAGGUGCUGGAGACUUUUGAGGAUUGA